AGAAGCAACAUCACUUCGCUUUGACAAAAGCUAGAACUAAAUCAAAUCAUGAGAGAAGUCAUUUCAAUUCAUAUUGGCCAAGCUGGAGUCCAAAUGGGGAAUGCCUGUUGGGAAUUAUAUUGCCUAGAACAUGGUAUUCAGCCGGAUGGGUUGAUGCCUAGCGAUGAUUCGAUUGGAGUGGCCGAUGAUUCCUUCAACACGUUUUUCUCCGAAACAAGCGGUGGCAAACACGUUCCUCGGGCCAUGUUUAUUGAUUUAGAGCCAAGUGUUGUUGAUGAGGUUCGUACUGGGACCUACCGCCAACUGUUUCAUCCAGAGCAAUUGAUCACAGGGAAGGAAGAUGCCGCCAAUAAUUACGCUCGUGGUCACUAUACCAUUGGAAAGGAAUUAAUUGACGUUUCGAUGGAAAAGAUUCGUAAGCUCUGUGAUCAGUGCUCAGGUCUACAAGGAUUUUUGGUAUUUCAUUCUUUCGGAGGAGGCACAGGUUCAGGAUUUGCGUCCCUAUUGAUGGAAAGGUUAUCGCUCGAUUUUGGAAAGAAGUCAAAAUUGGGAUUCUCUAUAUACCCUGCACCUCAAAUAUCAACAGCAAUUGUGGAGCCAUACAACGCGCUUCUAUAUACGCAUACAACCUUGGAACAUUGUGAUGUGGCCUUUUUAGUUGACAACCAAGCCAUCUAUGACAUUUGUAGGAUCAACCUUGAGCUGACAAGACCAACAUACACCAAUCUCAAUCGACUAAUAGCGCAAAUCAUUUCAUCAAUUACUGCUUCGUUGCGAUUUGAUGGUGCUUUAAACGUUGACUUAAAUGAAUUUCAAACUAAUUUGGUUCCAUAUCCGCGGAUCCAUUACCCGUUAGCCACGUAUGGGCCAGUUAUCUCUUCCUCUAAGGCAUACCAUGAGAAACUCUCUGUUGAUGAAAUCACAAAGAAUUGCUUCGAACCAAACAGCCAGAUGGUAAAAUGUGACCCCAGGAAAGGAAAGUAUAUGGCCGUGUGUCUUCUUUAUCGUGGAGAUGUUGUGCCAAAAGACGUCAAUGGAGCCAUAGCACAAAUGAAAGUGCAAAAAACAGUUCAGUUUGUCGAUUGGUGCCCAACCGGUUUCAAAGUUGGGAUCAAUUAUCAACCCCCAACUGUGGUCCCUGGAGGGGAUUUGGCAAAAGUCCAUCGUGCAGUGUGUUGCUUAAGCAAUACAACCGCAAUUCAGGAGGCUUGGGCACACUUGGACCACAAGUUUGACCUCAUGUAUGCAAAGCGAGCAUUUGUGCAUUGGUAUGUUGGGGAGGGUAUGGAGGAAGGCGAAUUCUCUGAAGCUCGGGAGGACAUCGCUGCUCUGGAGCUAGACUAUCAAGAGGUGGGAAGUGAUGCUCUUUCUGAUGAAGAACAAUCUUACGCUGACGAUGGUUGAGGCAAAAGAUAUAUGAAAUAUUACGAAACAUAUAAGAUUUUUUUGUUAUUGUUGGCCCUAAUACAAAUACAUUCAUUGGUUCAAAGUAGUUUCAAAGAGCACGAGCUGAAAAGUACAAACGUGAAAUUCUUAAUUCGGCAAGGAGAAUACAAACGCAGAUGGA